CCCUCCUUCCCGCCCGCCCUCCCGCCCUCGCUCGGCGCUCGCUCCUUCCCCCUCGGUCGCUCCCGCUUCCCGCGGCGCCCGGCCUCCCGCUCCGCCUCCCCGUGCGCGGCUCUCCCGGGCGCGGCUCCGGGGUUCAUGGUGACGAGGCGGCGGCCGCUCCAGCCCAGCGGCGGCGGCGGCGGCGGCGGCGGGAGCUGGGGCGCGGGCCCGGGCCGCCUCUCCCUGAGCGCGGGGCCGGGCGGCGGGCGCGCCCAGGCGGCGGCGGCGGCGGCGGCGGCGGCGAGCGCCCCCCCCGGCCCGCGCCCCCGCGCGCCCCCCGCGCCGCGCCCCCGCGCGCCUGGCUUGCGGGGGGCCGGGCCAGCGGGUGGCCGCCGCGCCGCGCACCCAUGGACGGCCCGGCCAUCAUCACCCAGGUGACCAACCCCAAGGAGGACGAGGGCCGCGCGCGGGGCGCCAGCGAGAAAGCAUCCCAGUGCAACGUCAGCUUAAAGAAGCAGAGGAGCCGUGGCAUCCUCAGCUCCUUCUUCUGCUGCUUCCGUGACUACAAUGUGGAGGCACCGCCCAACAGCAGCCCCAGUGUGCUUCCACCCCUGGUGGAGGAGAAUGGUGGGCUUCAGAAGGGUGACCAGAGGCAGGUCAUUCCCAUACCAAGUCCCCCAGCUAAAUACCUCCUUCCAGAGGUGACGGUGCUUGACUAUGGAAAGAAAUGUGUGGUCAUUGAUUUAGAUGAAACAUUGGUGCACAGUUCAUUUAAGCCUAUUAGUAAUGCUGAUUUUAUUGUUCCGGUUGAAAUCGAUGGAACUAUACAUCAGGUGUACGUGCUCAAGCGGCCCCACGUGGAUGAGUUCCUCCAGAGGAUGGGGCAGCUCUUCGAGUGUGUGCUCUUUACUGCCAGCCUGGCCAAGUACGCAGACCCCGUGGCUGACCUGUUGGACCGCUGGGGCGUGUUCCGGGCCCGGCUCUUCAGAGAAUCAUGCGUCUUCCAUCGUGGGAACUACGUGAAAGACCUGAGUCGCUUGGGCCGGGAGCUGAGCAAAGUGAUCAUUGUGGACAAUUCUCCUGCCUCGUACAUCUUCCAUCCCGAGAAUGCAGUGCCCGUGCAGUCCUGGUUCGAUGACAUGACGGACACAGAGCUGCUGGACCUCAUCCCCUUCUUUGAGGGCCUGAGCCGGGAAGACGACGUGUACAACAUGCUGCACAGACUCUGCAGCAGGUAGCGCCGGCCCCCGAUGCCUCCCACCCGUGCGCCCUGCAGCAGCUGGCCUCGGGGGCCCACCCGGCCGCAGCUCCCCGGGAGCGCCCAGUGGGGACACUCCGUGCUCCAGGCCACGAGGGCCAUGUGGCCAUACCUACCUGGUUGCUUUUUUAAGAACAGAAACAACUAUUUUAAAAUGAACUCUUUUAACCAAUUUCAUAAAGGGACAUGCAUUUUACUGGAUUUGCUUUUCUUAAAACAUACCAAAAAGGAUAAAAAUGGGGAGGGGGGAGAAAAAAAGCUUGAGAUCUAUCAGAACUUCCUUUCAACUGGCCCCACUUGGCCCCCUCCUCCAAGCAGACAACCUGUCCCUUUCUAUCCCAGCUCGGAGCAGCUGACCCUACUCAGAAUCUCUUUCCUCCAGGAUGAAGUGCCUUUUUGAAUGUUAUUUUAAGCUGAGAGUUAAUUUUUCUACACAACAUAUUUCCAGACAUCUUUUAGUCUUUUAUUGUCUUAAGAUUCUCUAAAAAAAAAAAAAAAACGAAUAUGACAAUUUUCUAGAACCUGGGGUGGGCGGGUGGCGAGGGAUGGAGGUGAGUCCUAGAAGCCAGUCUCCCAGCAGGUGUGCGUGCUCUGACGCCCGGUGGCGGCGCUGCAGGACCGGGCUCCCGCAAGGACCCUCGAUGACCGUGGCAGUGUCUCGGUUCAUUACGUACCCAGUUUGGAAUGUACCUGCAGUCGUGGGGCUCGACACUUUAGGAGACAAUAGAUACUUUUAUAUUAUCACUGUUACUUCGGAUGGUGACAGUUGUGUCCUGCGGUCACACUUUCCCCUUGAAAAGUGGCAUCGUCACCUCUACUUUCAACCACUGCCAUACUUCUGUACGUUUUUCGUUCUGUGGCUGUCGUUCUGGGUAGAGCAGUUCCAAGAAACUCCAAAACCCUCGGAUAUCUUAAAAAAAAAAAAAAGAAAGAAAGAAAGAAAGAAAUCUGUUGAUUGAUUUUUAAAUUUUUCCUUUCCAAAAGCUGGAUACACACGGAGCUGUUUGGGAAUUUUCUUUGCUGCUACCGCGCUGCCACCAAAUGGAAUUGACCAGCGGCUGUUACACUGUUCUUUGCCACUGUGCCUAUGCUCAGAAUCUGCUCACUGCUAAGCUGCAGACGUGGAUAGGGUCAGAAACAUAGGUCCCCCCCCAACCCUCCCCCCACGGCAGACUGCACCAACCAUAUCCCUUCCCUGGCACUGGCCAUGGGAGUUCAGGAGGGAGCAAAGACGCGGGGCCAGCGCACCAGGCAUGGCGUUCAUUCUAAACGGCAGCCAUCAUCAGAUACCGUGAUGAGUUGACUAUUCUCCUUUGAGAACCUGUGGCCUCAACCAGCCACCGCACUGAUGUGGCCCAAGUCCACUCCUGGUCUUCUCUUUUGAAGCACAGCCUCUUUCUGAGCCGGGGCUGGGGAAGCCUGUCCAGAUGUGGAUGGAGCUCAUCGCCCUGAGUCAGGGAGAGACAGGGUGCCCUCCCUGGGCUGGGGCUUCCUUUGCAGCCUUUCCCAGUGAGCUGUUCUAAGCAGUGCCAUGUUCCUUGUUUGACAAGACAGUUUAUAAAGUAUUGCUCUUAAAAAUAAUUUAAAAGAACCCUGUCGUGUCGGCACCAUUGCCUUAGUCCUCUGUGGGUUGGGCCUCCGCCAGAGCUCUGGUGGGAGAGACUGGCACUAACAAGUCUGGAGAUGGGGGUCAAAGUAAAAUUUUGCUCCUGCUUUUUUUCACAAGAUAAUGAAGCCAGCUGCCAGUCCCAUCCUCCCAACAGCACUUUAGGCUGUGGACUGCCAUGCGUUCAGAAGACAAGUGUUUGGGGUAAUCAGGUGCCCCAGCAUUCUGGGUAUGCAGAACCCAGUAAUCCCCAUGCCAGUUCCGGCAGAAAUAGCCCCACGCUAGGCAUUACCACAGAGAACGGCGUUAUGUGGCAGAUCUGCACAUGCCCUCAACCUUGAUUUGGAAAACUAGUCAUUAAUGAACCCGCUGCCUUAAAUGUUCUUGAAUGUUGCAGUCAAGUGUCUGUCCUGUGUUGAAAUCCACACAGAAAUCAGUCCUGGGGACAGCCUUCAACCCUCCCCCCUGCCCUCUUCUCUGCCGGCAUCACGCGGUCUUCUCUGGAAUAGGGGGCAGAGAGGACGGAAAUUCUAGAGUAUUUCAGGGGAAUUGAACUUAGGAACAGUGUCCCACUUCUGAGAGCUGGAGUGAAGACGCUGGCAAGCUUGAGCCAGACACUGCACCUAGUAGUUCCUGAAACCGCGAGCGCCAUUGCACGACUGUUGGGGAUGGAGCCCGGUUCCAGCCAUUGCAGACACAGACUGUCUCGGGGGGUGCCAGCCCCUCCUUCCCCUCCCCCCGAGCCUUCUGGAUUCUGUGCACCUUAGUUGACCACACUCCAAAAUGCCAUUUUUAUUUUAACCCUUGAUUCUGCUUUAUGUACAUAAUCAGAAUAUCUUUAUCUCUCUAUAUAUUUUUAAUCAUCUACAUGUAAAUGAAGCAAUAGAAUUCUAACAUAAGGCCAAGAAAUGAGAUGAAUGUUUGGGGUUUAUGUUUUUUAAGGUAAAUACGGGUAUUGUUUUUAAUUAUUACCUUUUAUUAAAUUGUGGGCUUUAAAACCUAAUGAACCCUAUUAGCUACUUCUCUGUGCCAUAUGCUUCCCAUGUUACCAAAAUAUCCCCCCCCACACACGCACACACUCUUCAACCAAAAGAGAAACCCAGCCUCCUGAGUUUCUUGGUCCUUUGUGUACCAGGUUAAAAUACAGGCUCCCGGACAAGUAUUUUUUAUAUUAAGAUCUGGGACAAGAGAGCUUGGGUCAUGGACUUGGGCCCCUAUGAUGUAACAACAUCUCUGGCCAGGCUGUGGGUGGCAGUGCCUGGGCCCAUCGGAGGUAGUCACUGCCCUGUCUUCCAUUGCUCUGGACCCUAUGUGUUGGUCUGUGGCUUCACGCAUUAGCUGUUUGUAAACGGUGUUAUCUGUAUCCUAAGGAGGAACGCAGCAUGUCACAGCCGAUGGUUGGUGGGGAAGCUCCUUUGACACUCCAGUUUUGAUGAGGUGACUUUGGAGAAUCGAAGAGGCCCUGAUGACACUGAUUUGUCAUGGUUGCAGCAUUUGAACUUCUGGUGUAAAAAAGAAAUCUGUAAAUCUAUAACCUGGCAACCCUUUACAACCCUACAUUUUAAAGACGGCUCUCUAAUAAAAUCUAGAACCACACAGCCCUCUAUGGUCAAACACUCGUGACGUUUGUGCCUCUGCUUUUAAAGGUGCUGCAUUGGGCAGUUGGCAUGCCAGGGUUCGAGAGGGUGGGUGGCUUGAAGUGCUCACAGUUACCUGAGCAAACUCUUACCGGCUGCCUCUGUUCCUGUCUCACUGUAAAACUGAUGGUGUCUGUAACUGUCCGUUCUCCAGGAAGCUUCUCUGCAGACUAACACCCCCCAUCCCCCCCCCCCCACCCCGUAGUGGAGAUUCUGGUGCCUGGGUAGUCGUGGAUUUCUGUUGGACAUUUGAAUGUGACAAACAAGCCAGCAUUACUUGGGAAAUACUACAUGUGGAAUGUGCACGUUUCCAGGGGCGAGCAUUGUCCGGUCGAGAGGUUUGCAAUGAUUUCCUUCCUGCCAAAAAUAAACACGUGAAACUGC